UUUGUCUGCGGGGCUGCUGUACUGUCUGGCUGGGACAGAGGGUUUCCACGCUUAGCAGGCGACUAACCGCAUUAAACCCCAUAAAGAGGCGGCUUUUUUUUUAUUUUAUUUUUUUAUCUGUCCAGGAUUUGGAAAUCAUUUGUCGUCGUAUUCAACAUAACUAGCCAUCAAGUUGGAGCUCAGUGGACUUUAUUCUCUCGCUGGCUCGCAUACCCUUCAGUGAACCACUGCAGCAGCAACAGACCGAGCACGCCGCCGCCGCCGCCGCCGCUGUUGUUGUGAGAGAAGAAAACAAGCUCGGCAAAGGGUUAGUCCGCUAAGCUGUGUGAUCAUUGACAGAGUUCAAUACACACAAGCGUCAAGUGAUAGCUGGUGGGAGCUUUGUGCAGCGUACCUUCGAGCCUCUUCAAGAAACCGACAGCUGGGGAUAUUUUGUCGCUGAAGUCGAGGUAUUAUAUUAUAUAGCUUUUUUUUUUUUUUUAUCGAAGCCACUUUCAGGCACUUGACCAAUAGGAACAGUUUGCACAAUUUCCACCAGCUUGUCUGCAGCCCCCUUCCAACCCAGAGAGUCUUCUGCCCCAGCAUGAAUGAAGUCAGUGUUGUGAGAGAGGGAUGGCUUCACAAGAGAGGUGAAUACAUUAAAACAUGGCGGCCUCGUUACUUCAUCUUAAAGAGCGAUGGAUCUUUCAUUGGUUACAAAGAGAAGCCCGAGGUGUCCAGUGACCACAGCCUCCCACCACUCAACAACUUCUCAGUCGCAGAAUGCCAGCUGAUGAAGACAGAGCGCCCCAGGCCUAACACAUUUGUCAUCCGUUGCCUGCAAUGGACCUCAGUUAUUGAGCGAACUUUCCACGUAGACAGCAACGAUGAGAGGGAGGAAUGGAUGCGAUCGAUCCAGGCAGUGGCAAAUAGCCUGAAGAGUCAGCAGCAGGAUGAGGAGCCCAUGGAGAUCAAAUUUGGCUCACCAAGUGACAGCAGUGGCACAGAGGAGAUGGAGAUUGCUGUGUCCAAAUCCCGCACAAAAGUGACCAUGAGUGAUUUUGACUACCUGAAGCUUCUGGGGAAAGGGACAUUUGGUAAAGUGAUCCUGGUGAAGGAGAAGGCCACAGGGAUGUACUACGCCAUGAAAAUCCUCCGCAAAGAAGUCAUCAUUGCUAAAGAUGAGGUGGCUCACACAGUUACAGAAAGCAGAGUUCUCCAAAAUACGCGGCAUCCCUUCCUAACGACACUAAAAUAUGCAUUUCAAACGCAUGACCGGCUAUGCUUUGUGAUGGAGUAUGCAAAUGGUGGAGAACUCUUCUUUCACUUAUCGCGGGACAGAGUGUUCACAGAAGACAGAGCAAGAUUCUAUGGUGCAGAAAUAGUGUCAGCACUGGAGUACCUACACUCACGCAAUGUAGUUUACAGGGAUUUAAAGCUGGAGAACCUCAUGUUAGACAAGGACGGCCACAUAAAGAUAACAGACUUUGGGCUGUGUAAAGAGGGGAUCACAGACGGAGCGACUAUGAAAACCUUUUGUGGAACCCCGGAGUACCUGGCACCAGAGGUGCUAGAGGACAAUGACUAUGGACGAGCGGUGGACUGGUGGGGACUCGGUGUGGUCAUGUAUGAGAUGAUGUGCGGCCGGUUGCCCUUCUACAACCAGGACCACGAGCGUCUCUUUGAGCUAAUCCUCAUGGAGGAGAUCCGCUUUCCCAAGAACUUGGCUCCUGAAGCCAAGGCCCUACUGGCCGGCCUGCUCAAAAAGGAUCCCAAACAAAGGCUCGGAGGCGGACCAGACGAUGCCAAAGAUGUGAUGAGCCACAAGUUCUUCACCUCCAUCAACUGGCAGGAUGUUAUUGAAAAAAAGCUUAUUCCACCCUUCAAGCCCCAGGUCACAUCAGAGACGGACACACGUUACUUUGAUGACGAGUUCACAGCACAAACCAUAACAAUAACUCCCCCUGACAAAUAUGACAGUUUAGAUGCAGAGGAUUCAGAUCAGCGUACGCACUUCCCUCAGUUCUCCUACUCCGCCAGCAUACGGGAAUGAUCACUUAGACUCUUGAACAAGCAGGCAGGCUUACACACGAUCACAAUCCCACAUACACACUUGCACUGCUGGGGAAUUGGAACAACACAAACAAAAACCGGCACAAGACACAUUUUCAUUCGGUCUUUAACGCACGUACACUCACAGACACGCACACACACAUUUACUGGCAAAUCAGACAAGACAGGGAUCAUAGAGUAUGAAAUGAAAAACACAAGCCGUGAAUGACUGACCUCAGCAGGUUUGUGUGGAUAGACUGGCAGCUUUGUCUCUGUACGUACUCUCAGGGUUGGCUUUAGGCUUCCCUGCAGGACCUCUGCUGCACUACACUGGGUACCACAUCAAAGCCUUGACACUUUGAAAACCAGGUUAUGCCAGCAAGUACCACCUCUUUACCAGCUGUACCCAUGCUACACACACACACACACACACACACACACACACACCAACCCAUGCAUAGACUGCAUAUAUAUACACACAAACGAACUUGAUAGAAUUUUAAAAAAAGAAUAGGCAAAAUUAUGAAAAUGGAAAAGAUUUGGGGAAAAAGACAAAUUUUUAUUUCAUCGAUUGUUACGGUUUUAAAUGUAAAGCCAUAUUUCUGCAUUUUUGUGAUUUAUUUUUUUCAUUUUUUUUAACAAGUGCUCUUUCUGGAACUUGCUGUUACAAAUCAAGUGUGGGACCGUUCCUACAGUAAGGGGAAAUGGGGAAAGGGGGGGGGGACGAGGGUUGCCAUUUCUGUGUUUGCACUGCACGUGUGUAUAAGCAAAUGGGCGCCUGGACCAUGUGUGAAUGUAUGCGAGUGUGCAUACGAGUGCAGGAGAAUGUGUGAACAACCAUUUUGAUUCUCAACCAUCCAUUUGUGUCUGUUUUUAUGCAUGUUUUAAACUCCGAACCAUUGCUGGAAUAUCGAGAGGAGAGGACACUACACGGCGCACUCGAUGGCCUUUUCUAAAAGGGAACAAGCAUGUCAUUUAUGAUUGCUGUGACCAGCUUGCCGCUAAAUUGACUCAGUCAGGAAUACAAACAGGGAUUGCUUGCAUGGCUAAACCUUCGCUUUAAGAGCUGCAUUAAUUUAACUCAGAACGAUGCAGCAGUCAGGCUCUCAGAGUCCAUGUCGCUGUGUCCCGACUGACUUGUGGACCAACUAGCUGCUGGUUGGAGGUGUAAGAGUAAGCUUUCAUUAAGGCCAGUUGCGUAAUGUGUUAAAGACCGAAAGAAUAGAAGGAAAGAGGAGAAUAGAGACUAGACGCUUGACCACAGUUAUUCCCCAGCCUGACUAUAGAGACCAAUGUAGACGGACACAUUACCUCGAUCCAGUAAUUCUCACUCCCUGGCUGAAGAGUUGGGCACCAAUAUUUUGUUUCAUUUUCCAUUUGUAAUAAUAGUGUAAGUUUAAGAAAUAUUUUUAAAAAUAAGCCUUUGAGUGUUCCCGUAUUUAAAUAAUGAUAGCUCAAUCGUUGUUAUGUCUUUUAUAAUGAGGCCAAAAAUUGACUGACCUGGUGGACGUUUAUCACUUCAAAUGAUUCCACAAAUGAUGUUUAGAACCUUUUGUUUGUGUUUUCUUUAACGCUGUGUCGAGGCACUUAAAUCUACGUAGUUGUAUGUCUGGAGCAACAGUUUGCAGGUUUACAAUCCAACUAAAUGCUUCAUGAGCUGGUCGACCAACUUUCAACCUGCAAACAGGGAGAAUUAAUCAAAACAUUAGCUGAUGUGUUGUUAGUUGAAAUGUAAAUCUGCAUACUUUGAGUUAUCACGGCACAUGAUUGAAAGAGGUUCUGGACAGCAUAUUGAAAGGUGCUCAUAUUGACACAAACAUUUUAUAUUCCAUAUUGCUGGAAGAGAAGUUGUUUGCUCUUUGAGCUUCACUAAAGGAACACCAAGACCUUUUUUUUUUGUUUGUCAUUGUUUUGUUUUUGUUUGUUGAUUAUCCUCCUUUUUUGUCCAUCUAUUUCUCAAAUUUUGGAAGACACAUUGUCUUGUUUAAGUAUACAUUAUAUAAAAUAUAUAUAUUAAAAGUUUUUAAACUUC